AUGGCUGCCGCUGCGCCCACGGCAACAAGAAGUGCAAAACAGAAAGAAAUACAGGGGUUGUUAUUAGAGAGGUAUGAAAUCGGGAAACUUUUGGGCCACGGGACGUUUGCGAAGGUUUACCAGGCCAAGAAUGUUAAAACGGGUGAAAACGUGGCGAUCAAGGUCAUAGACAAGGAGAAGAUCCUUAAGAUUGGCCUUAUAGGGCACAUCAAACGUGAGAUCUCGAUAUUGCGAAGAGUUCGGCAUCCGAAUAUCGUACACUUGUUUGAGGUUAUGGCAACUAAGUCGAAAAUAUUUUUCGUUAUGGAGUAUGUAGAAGGCGGUGAAUUGUUUAACAAGGUUGCAAAAGGCAGGCUCAAAGAAGAGGUUGCGAGGAAGUAUUUCCAGCAGUUGAUUUCCGCGGUGGCGUUUUGCCAUGCCCGGGGCGUGUAUCAUAGGGAUUUGAAGCCGGAGAAUAUUUUAUUGGAUGAGGAUGGUAAUUUAAAAGUUUCUGAUUUCGGCCUCAGCGCUAUAUCUGAACAGAUAAAGCAGGAUGGCCUUUUCCACACUUUCUGUGGGACGCCGGCAUAUGUGGCGCCGGAGGUUUUGGCACGGAAGGGUUAUAAUGCAGCCAAAGUCGAUAUUUGGUCGUGUGGGGUGAUACUCUUUGUGUUGAUGGCAGGCCACUUGCCAUUUCAUGAUCAAAAUAUCAUGGCUAUGUAUAAAAAGAUAUAUAAAGGCGAAUUUAGAUGUCCAAGAUGGUUUACACCGGAAUUGAUUCGACUUUUAACCCGUUUGCUUGAUACAAAUCCAGAAACCCGGAUCACGAUCCCGGAAAUUAUGAACAACAAAUGGUUCAAAAGGGGUUUUAAGCACGUGAAAUUUUAUAUUGAGGAUGAUAAAUUGUGCAGUGUUAACGAUGAUGAGAAUGACGAUGUGGAGUCUUUAUCUGAUCAGUCAUUGUCUGAGUCGGAGUCUGAAUUGGAAACCAGAAGGAGGUUUUCUAGUCUUCCGAGGCCUGCUAGUUUGAAUGCAUUCGAUAUUAUUUCUUUUUCGCGUGGUUUUGACUUGUCUGGAUUAUUUGAGGAGGGAUCAGAUGAGGCAAGGUUUGUUUCAGGGGCACCUGUUUCAAAUAUCAUAUCAAAAUUGGAGGAAAUAGCGAAGGUGGUGAGCUUUUCAGUUAGGAAAAAGGACUGCAGAGUGAGUUUGGAAGGUUCAAGGGAGGGUGUGAAAGGGCCAUUGACAAUUGCAGCUGAGAUAUUUGAAUUGACACCAUCGUUGAGAGUCGUGGAGGUGAAGAAGAAAGGAGGUGAUAGAGUAGAGUACGAGGAGUUCUUUAACCGGGAACUGAAGCCGGGGUUACAAAGCCUCGCGCUCGGAAAUGUUGCUGAUUCUUCAUACUUACCUUCGGACACAGAGUAG